GGUUUGGGUUGAUUAAACAGGAAGUGACAGGAAGUGGCCCGUUUUUCCCAAAACAACACUGAUGCCACGUCUGUCAUCAUCUGCUGUAGUGAGGACAGGCAGGUACAGCUUGCAGCGUGGCAAGAUCGGGCUGUUAGAUGGAGCCAUUUGAGUUACGGUUUCACCAGGUUAAUUUUGAGGCAGAAGAUAUUCCACAGAACCAGACCCUUGACUCCUUCAGCAAUGUGGUCUCUUAUCAAUAUGAUGAGCUCUUGAGCAGUGCUAAUGGCACAGCAGUGAAUCAGUCAAAUGUACAGGAGGAUCAAGGGCAAUGGGCUCCUCUUGUUUCUGCUUAUAAUGCUGAUACUGUGCUGCCCUCUAGAGUUCACAGUGGGCAAAUUGUUGAAACCAAAGUUGUGGAUGUACAUUUAGAGAACAAUGUCCAUUUCAAUCACCUAGGUAGCUCAAGAUCACAUUCCAGAAGUUCACCAAUACACAGGACAAUAAAGAUAGAAGAAGUAGCCACUAACUUUCACUCUGCCAGUAGACCUAGCGUAGAGGGUGCUGACGAGACAUCUGAACCAGAGCUUGUUGAAGAGGCUCUCCCUGGCGUGUUCUCUACUUGCUCCUACCACUCAACACUUCACAAUGACAUAAUUCACAAUUCCAGUUCAUCAGACACAACAGAAAGGAACGGGACUGCAGCUAUAAUGGAACACAACGAAAGCUUUACAAGGACCAGUUCCUCAGAUAGUUUUACUGCAUUCACCAACACAGUGGAUGCCCUGGCAUUGCAAAAGUCAGUUAUAGGUUCCUCAGCAUUGCCUCCUGCUUCAAAUGAACUUAUAGCACAGGCUAUAGCUGAUGCUGAGAAGAAAUUGAAGUUGGCUAAAAACGGCACCAGUCUUGAGAGGGGAGAUAAUCAGAUUUCCAGGGAACCAUCAAUCAGUAAAGGCAAUAAUGAAAUACUGCAGGCAAAUGGAAGUGUAGCAGACCAAUCUCACCCUCAUGGGGUCACUAUUGAUGGCACGGACAACCCACACACAGACAGGUUCAAUAAUGACCUAUUGGAACUACCAGAUAGGUCUAACACAGAUCCCUAUCAGUUGGAUGGCUCCUCUCCCCAACCCAUGCCACAGAAUCUCAUUAGGGUCCCACAGGAGCUGAUAACCAUUACUAAGACCAAGUCGGUGGUCACAGGGGACACAUCUAAUGACUUCCCACAGCUAGGGAAUGAUACAGAUGCCCCUCAGGAGUAUUUUGAAGAGCUUAAAGUAGAUACUGCUGUUCAUACAGAAGAGGAAAUUAUCAAUCAGCAGGCUGAGGGAAAAACUGAAAAAGAAAAUAAAGUAUUUAAUUUUGGUGAUGGUGACUCUAAUUACGCCAUUUUUCCAGACAGGGUCACCCCAACCAAUGAUAUGAACCAUGAAGAGGGUAACGUCACCCCAACUCCUUUUAACAGUGCCAAUAACUGCAACAACUUUAACAAUGCCAAUAACUGCAACAACUUUAACACCAACACAGUGUUGAUUUCAAAGGGUCAAAGCAUCGGUGAUACUUUUAGGGAAUGUGCAAUUCAAGAAGACUUAGAUCUGGACCAGAUAGAGCAACAUGCAUUGCCACCUAACCUGGGCCCAGUUGGGACCUCUACCCCUGUUAGAGAAAAAGGUCAGUCACCUGCUCCCCAGUUCAGAACAGUCAAAUCAGAUGAGGAUCUAUGGCAGCAAUAUAAGGCACAUGGUCUCCCUAUAAAGGGGUACUCAGAGGAAGCAGGGGAGAUGUGUGACAGGUCCCAGAGCAGCAGUAGAUCAUCUGAGUAUGGUUGGCACCCUGGUCUUCCACAGGGAUUAGAAGGCUUGUUACGACCUGAACUGACACCAUUAGAUGGACGCAGUCGAUCUUCAAGCAUUUCUAGUUUAGCUACCUCAGCAACAGAAACUUUUGAUGUGGAACAGCUAUUGAAAGAGAAGGCAAACCUUGAAGGUCAGUUAGAAGUAAUGUCUACAGAGGCAAAAAAUGCCAUGCAAGAAAGGGCUCAACUACAGGCACAGCUAGCAGCCAUGAAGUCUCAAGUCUCCCAGGCUUCAAGUUCAUUUUAUGGCUCAAAAGGGAAUGAAUUGUUGACAGAGUUACAACUGCUCAGACAAAGCUCAAAAGAACUUCGACACCAUGUAAGUGAAUUGGAAAGAUCAUCAGAUGACAAAAGUCUUGAAAUAAGGAAUCUUCAGGAUGAACUGGAUGUAAAUCAGACCAAAUGUGAAAGGCUGCAGAAUAAGGUGGAGGCUUUAAGACAGGAAUUACAAGGGAAAGAUAUGACUGCUCAAGAUUUAAAGAAUAAAGUUGCUGAACUCUAUGUUGAAUUACAGACUUCAUUGCAAGUCAAGAUGCAAGCAGAGUCUGAGAUCCAGUCUCUGAGAAGUGACAUUGAGGGAUAUCUCAAGAAAAGAGAUUGGUUUCAGCAGCAGCUUACAAAUGCUCAGGAAAUAAAAACACAAUUGCAGCAGGAAGUUGCGUCCCUGAAAACCUUGUCUGUGCAACAGGGAAAUGAAAUUGAGAAAUUAAAGGCUGAAAAUGUCGAUAUCAGUCACAGGCAUGCUGACCUUCAACAGAAGGUGUUGCAAGACAAAGAGCAGCUUGCCAAUCACCUGGAAAGUAUAGAAUAUGCAAUGAUGGAGAGAGAAGCCAUGUUUGACCAAAUAAAACGACAACAGGGGUCGGCAGAAGAGGUCUUGAAAUUAAGGAUGCAAAAAGUUGAAGAGGAAAGAGAACGCCUCUCCUCAGUGACUACCUCUGUAGCUGAUUUAGAGGCUGAAUUGAAAAAGUCUUCCAAUGAACUUAGAGUCAAAGAAGCCAGGAUUGGUGUGUUGGAACACGAGCAGGCUGAGCUGAUGAAGCGCCUGACCUUGUCCACCAAAGAAUUACAGGAGAGAGAGGCCACUAUUGAAAUGUUACGCCAAAGUGCUUUGGAUACAGAUGUUAGGUUAAAGGGUCUACAGCAGGUAACAGGGUCCAAGGACGAGGUAGUGCUGAUAUUGAGGGAAGAUAAUGCCAGGCUACAGGUGGAGCUGGACUCAGCACUGCGUGAAAAAGAAGAAGUUGAAAGGUCCAUAGAUAUACUGAGGGAUGAUCUGAUGAAGUUAGAACAGGGUUUCUUGGUCAUGAAGCAGAGUGUUAGUGCAAAAGAAAUGGAGUUAGACAAACUGAAACAUGAAAACCAGUCCUUGGAAAGGUCUUUGGAAGCAGCAAACUCCCAAAUUUACGAUCAGAGAAUAGCCUAUGAUAGAUGUAGCAGUGACCUGACUGCAGCAGUCUCAGCCGCACAUGAGUUGCAGUCACAGAAACUUGGCCAGGAAAUUGAGAUUUCCAGGCUGAAAAAUGAACUCAAUGUUGCACAAAGUUCCCAAGAGAAGUCAGAAAAUAGUCGGUCAGAGGUGGCUAGUCUCAAGGAAAAGCUUAACGAAUUAAAACAGAAACUAGAAGAUGCAACAAAACAUAAUGUUUACCUGGAAGGACAGUUGGAAACUACGAGUGAUGACCAGGGUACCAUUGCAAAACUGACUGAUGAGAACACUGUGCUCAAGAUCAGGGUACGUGAACUUGAGACCCAGACUCAGAGUGAGGCCUCGUCACAUGCUGUCACUGUGUCUGAACUCGAGGCUGAAUUGAGCAAGCUGCAGUCAGACCUGCAUGAUAAGCAGUCUGAUACUGACAACAUUGUGGCUGAGCUUCGUGAAAAGUUGGCAUAUGCUAAGAAUGGAAAAGAUUUGGCUGUUAAAGAGUUGGAGGUUCUCAGGAAGAGAUCUGAAGAAGACCAAGAGAAACAGAGAAGUGACUUCAACAAGCAGAUUGAGGCUCUCUCUGGUGAUUUGGAGGCAACAAGAAAUCGGAAGCUUACUCUUGAAGCAGAAAUAAUGCAGCUGCACAAGGCCACAGAAAAUGUCAUUGAAGACUACAAAAAGAAAAUUGGAAGUUUGGAAAGGGAUCUGCAGAAGUCAAAAGAACAUGGAAGGAAACACCACAAAUCUGAUACUGUAAACAAGAAGCUUAUGUUAGAACUUGAGAGGGAGAAAGGAAGGUUAUCAGGUGUAUUGCAGAGCCAGUCAGCCCUGAAGCAGCACACCAGUGUGCUGGAGGAGGCCCUGGCCUUGAGGGAGUCCUCUAUCACAGAGCUCAGUGCCACUGCCCAGGGACAGCUGAUCAGGAAGGACCAGGUGGAGGCAGAAUACAGGGGGAAGAUUACUGCCCUUGAGGAGAGCCUGGCCAGGGAGAAAGACAGCGUGAAAGGCUUGAAGAAGCAGUUAAUGGUACAGAAAGGAGAAACAGUAAAGCUGCGCCGUGAGAUUGAGACCAUGCACCUAGACAUUGACCAGUUACAGAAAGACUUGGAGCAAAAGAAGCAAGCAGCACAUCUUGUUGAAGUUGAGCUAGGGAGAGCUCAGCAAGCUGCCCUUCAGUAUCAGACUGAUUUGGAAAGCUUGAAUUCACAGCACAACAGUGGUAAGGUGGAGCUGGAGAGAGUGAGCAGAGAACUUUCUGAAGAGAAGGCACAGCAAGCUGUGUUGGUUGAUCAGAUUAAGACUCUCCAAUGGCAGCUAGAGCAGAAAUCUCAGGAAGCAAAGGCUCUCCAAGACAAGCUGACCCUUGCAGAGGAGAGACAGAAGAUGGAGCUGCAGAGCAGUCAGAAAAGCCUCCAAGGUCUUCAGGCAGAGCUGGAGGCAGCUAAGUGUGAACUUGCAGGGACCAGGAAGGAGAAGUUCUCUUACCAGGCUAAAGUGUCAGAGUUACAUGAUGCACUCAGGUCCAGUGUGGAACAGACUAAGAUUCUCAAAUCUCAAAACACAGAAGAUGCUGUCACUGGAACCAUGGCAUCAUUUUCAUUGCCAACAGACUAUGAUAUUGCUGCUAUAGAACAAUUGCUGAAUCAGAGUGCCCCAAUUGCCAAAUCCAGACCCCUGGAGAACAUACAGACCUGCCUGGCGUCCCUACGCUCUGAGAUGACUGUCUUGCAGAAACAGCUGGAUGUCCAUACUGCUCAAGUGCAGAAUACAUCGAAAUCAUGGAAAGAAGUGGAAGCUCAAGCAGAAGAACUGCGUCAGAUGUGCCGCACCCCAGUGUCAGUGUCUUCAGACAGUGUCAAAUCAGACCAGUGAGAUGAGAAGAGUUCAGUACAUACUUACAAAUUGUAUAUUCACCUCCUUGUUCCAUGAAGAUCCCUUGUUAACAUUUGGAAGAAAUUACUUGUGAUCUGUCAUCUUGUCAGUUUUCUUUGCUGCACAUGUUCCCUACAGAAAAUGUGCAAUAAGUGUUACUGUGUGUUUUUUUUCAUAUAUUUUUCAAAUAAGAAGAAAUAAAUAUGUAAGUAAAUGAAUGUGUAUACUCAGUCAGGUCGUGGGAGGGUCAAGUUCAGGUUGUACCUGUGUACCAUAGUUGUUUCCUACUUUUGUGGGUUGUCCUAUGAAAUAUUAUUUGUGUGUUCUUCAUGUGCAAUACAUGGACCUGCUGGAAACUGUG